ACGUCCUUAAACUAUUUUUCUGGCAAUAAGAAGUACGCUUUUCAGAAUUCGUUACGACAGCACGCGCACGCGUUUACAUAGACACACGUGUUCAUGCAAAUUGUAACAAUAAUAAUCGAUGCACUCUUUCUUUUCUGAACAAACAAGCACUUCCAUUAUCGCGUGAUAACACAUUUUUCACUUUAUUCGUGCAUAAUGACACAAUAUAUAUUAAAAACACGUUCAGUUAUCAUGUAUACGUCAACGAUUCAGUUCUCGGCAAUCAAUAUAAACAAGGGUUUCUCAAUAGUUAGAACCUAAGUGAACCCAAGUAGAGUAUCUGAUCGUGCAGAGAAGUUAUUUUAUUUUUCUUGUUAUAUAAGAACCUGUUUGACGCUUACAUGGGAUCAACUGGUUGGGGGUUGAGUUAUUCGAAUAGAGAUGGACACGAUACAAAUUAUCAAGUCACCAAUUCAGUAUUAAAGUAGCCUUCGAUCGAAUAGCAACGUUCUCCACUUUCUUUUUUCCCAUUUUGUUUUUUGCCUUCCGUUUGUUGUACUCGGUUAGUCUAGCUUUUUACGGUCGUCGGAACGUUUCAACCAGUAUCUCCAUAAAGAAUUCGCGUGUGAACGCGUCGUGAACAUUUGUUUAUCGAAAUUAGUUAAUAAACGUCGUUCGAAGAUGAAUUUAUUCGCACCGUUAACAAGGCAGCAGAUAACACUGAAGGCGUGUAUUAGAAGGCACUUGAGCGUCGGUAUAUCGCUAUUGAGCCACUCUCCUGGACCCUUAUCUCAGUUCACAGACGAGGAACUCAUGAUGAAAGAAACCGUCAGUAAAUUGGCGAAAGAAGAAAUCGCCCCCCUCGUACGGAAAAUGGAAAAGGAGAACAGGAUAGACGACGGGCUGCUGCGAAAGCUUUUCGAAAGUGGUUUAAUGGGCAUCGAAGUACCCGAGGAAUACGGUGGUUCCAAAUGUAGUUUCAUGUCGACGAUUUUAGCCGUCGAAGAAGUUGCCAAAGUCGAUGGGGCCGUGGCGGCUUUGGUCGAUAUACAUAAUACUCUGGUGAACUCGUUAAUAACGAAAGUUGCCACGGAAGAACAAAAGACAAAGUAUCUGCCUAAACUAGCCCAAGAUUACGCGGGAAGCUUCUGUCUUACGGAGCCUGGCUCGGGAUCGGAUGCCUUUUCCUUGAAGACCGAGGCAAAAAAGGACGGGUCCGAUUACGUUCUAAAUGGGACAAAAAUGUGGAUUUCGAACUCCGAUAUCGCGGGAUUGUUUCUGGUUUUCGCGAAUGCGAAUCCUUCCUCUGGAUAUCGGGGUAUCACGACGUUUCUUAUUGAGCGAGACACGCCUGGAUUGACAGUGGCCAAACCAGAAGACAAGCUCGGAAUAAAGGCAUCGGGUACAUGCAUGAUUCACUUGGACGAUGUCAGAGUUCCUGAAACUAACAUCCUGGGGCAACUGGGUCAAGGGUACAAAUACGCCGCCGGAUUUUUAAACGAGGGUCGAAUAGGUAUCGGAGCUCAGAUGAUCGGUAUAGCACAGGGCUGUUUGGACGCGACCAUACCGUACACCUUGGAAAGAAAGCAAUUUGGGACAGACAUAUUUUCGUUUCAAUCGAUGCAACAUCAAAUCGCUCAAGCAGUCACUGAAGUCGAAUGCGCUAGACUAGCGGUGUACAAUGCGGCGAGAUUGGUCGACGCUAAAAAAAAUGUAAUGAAAGAGGCGGCCAUAGCAAAGCUGGUUGCGUCCGAAACGGCCUUGCGUGUUACCUCGAAAUGUAUCGAUUUCAUGGGCGGAGUAGGAUUUACGACGAAUUUUCCUCAAGAAAAAUAUUUCAGAGACUCGAAAAUUGGUACCAUUUACGAGGGUACAAGCAACAUGCAGCUGUCGACUAUAGCUAAAUGUAUUCGCAAGGACUACUCGUAGAUACUGCUCUUUUAUUCUAUUUACUUUAUUCGGCACAUAUUUUUGUAACGAUUUUUUAUUACUUUUCUACAAUCUUUUAUCUGACAAUAAAUCGAUAUCGGCGAUAA